AAAAUGGCUGAAUUUAGUUUUUUAAAAAGGAAGUUUGAAAGUCUAAGGAUAGUAGAUGAUGAGGCUCCAAAAACAAUUAAAAAAACCUUUAUUUAAGAUGGAGAUUUAUAUCUAUUAGGAAAAAAGAUUCAAUCUAUUCAUUUGGUUUAGCCUUUGUAAUAAAUAAUAAAGAAACCAGAUAUCUAUUAGACUUGUUUAAAUAAAAAGGAGAUGUAUAAUCCUUUUUUAUAUAUUGAUCGACCUAUCACAAAUGAAAAGGAUGAGUUGUGAUAUAUAAUUAUAAAUUAUAUAAAUAUACUUUAUUA